CCUCUCUGUUGAAGGACUCUCCGGGAGAUUCGAGUCCCGUCUCUAUUGGCAUCUCUUCCGCCUCUUACCCGAUGAUGAGCUUAAGGGACGGACUCGACGAACAACAAGCCAUGGAUGCAGAGGCAGACCUGUUGUCUGUGGCAACCAUUAGUAGUACUAAUAAUAUACUCAUUCGGCCUGAAGACGAUUUGUGCGAUUAUUUCAUUCCAUAUAACGAUACAAAUAAAAGCAAAUCACAAAUCGAUUCAAUUGUACACAAUCUCAACACUACUCUAUUCAUAGCUGAUGCCGACGAUACCCAAGACGAAAUUUGCCCACAAGUGGAACAAAACAAAUCCAAGGAAUCGACAGUAAAAGUAAAAUUGGCGGAAACGGAGGCACUGGACGAUUCGGAACCGGAAUCCCAAUCCCAAUGAUCUAUAACUCGAAAUGAUUUAAACUUCAAUUUAAUUUUUUGUCAAUUUUACAAAUUUUAUUUAAUACCGUAUAUAAAACAUAAAUAAAUAAUCACUAAUCAGUUGAAUACAAGCC